AUGCAUUACAUCCGACUCCUCCGAGCCCCCAAGCUCACGUACGACAAGGGCAGGAAACACCCGUGGUCUCUCAACGUCGUCCUGACCGUCACCACGGAUCUCGGCGACUCCUUCCUGAACCCGGACGACCAUGAGCCCGUCAAGCUCAAGAUCAGCGCCGGCUGGGAACAGCCCUCGAAGCAGCCCAAAGCCGACGACCCCUUACUAUUGGCAGCGGAAAAGGUUCUGCGUUGGACACCGGGCAUGCGCGUCCUCAAGGCCGACAUUCCUGCCCAACACCUCACCACCCCGGCCCUCCCGAACCCCGGCCUGGGGCCCUUGAGGGUCCUCGUCCGCGCGAGCGGAAGACAGUCGGCCGAUGCGGCGACCGACGUCGUCUUUGCGGGACUCGACGGGGACUGCGGCAAGGUCAUGCCCGUGUGGGCCGACGUUCAGACACCGGACCACAGCGAGGCGCCGACGACGUGCGUGCGGAGACUCGCACACGGCGGCCGCGACUCGGAGCCGUGCGUAGAGAUCGAGGAGGACAUCGGCGAGAGCAUCGCGAGGCACAUCUGGGACGCCGGGCUGACGGCCAUCUCGACGCUCUGGCUCGCCAACGACCGGGACGGCCACGACGACGCGGCGAAGCGCCCCUGGUGCAUGAACCGCCUCCGCGGCUUGCUGUUCGGCGGGCACCCGCUCAACGUCCUCGAGCUCGGCUGCGGCGUGGGCAUCCUGGGCAACGGGCUCGCGCAAAUCAUGACGAGGGAGGACCCGGAGGGGAAGAGCAGCAUCCUCAUGACGGACCUGCCCGAGGCGGAGCAGCGCGCGAGGGCAAACAUGGCGCGCCUGGCGACGGCGGGCACGGCGUCCAUUCGCCCCGAGUACGAGAACCUCGACUGGGACGACGGCCGCAAAGGCGAGCUGGGCCCGCUCGCCGGCGCCAGGGCGUGGGACCUGAUCGCCAUGAGCGACUGCACCUACAACGUCGACGUGCUCCCCUCCCUCAUCAACACCUGGACGGCGGUCCACGUGCACAACAUCUCCCGUAGUAGCCGCCCCGGGGGGGGCAGCGACGGCCCCGUGCGGACCCACGUCUACGUCGCCUGGAAGAAGAGGCACCCGGACGAGAACGAGUUCUGGCACCUCGUCGACGACGCCGGCUGGGUCCUGCUGGAGGAGGACGUCGUCGAGCUACCGGUGCUCGGCGGCGAGACGGAGAGCAUCUUUUCCUACCUGUUCGAGACGCGUUCGCAACGCUACGAGAGGGUCGCCGAGACGGGGACGUGGAAGUGUCUGGAUCGCGCCGGCGCGAAGCCUCGUUGA